AACUUUCUCUUCAAUACAAUAAGUCUUUUCAUAUUAGUGAUAAACGAAUCGGAGCUCCGAAUCAGGAAAAUGGCAGAACACGUUGAUAAUUCGGAUCCUAAAGGAGAGUCGUUCAUUGAGAAGAUCACCGAAAAAAUUCACGGUGACGAUUCAUCGUCGUCGUCAUCAUCGGAUUCAGAUAACGAGACAAAAAAACCGGCAGUUAAACCUGAAGUAACGGCUGAACCGGAAACGUCGUCGUUGAAGAACAAAGUAUGGAGGUUAUUUGGAAGAGAAAAAUCGGUUCACAAGGUGUUCGGUGGUGGCAAACCUGCUGAUGUAUUCUUGUGGAGGAACAAGAAGAUAUCUGCUACUGUACUUGGAGGAGUGACUGCUAUCUGGGUUCUUUUCGAAUUGCUUGAGUACCACCUGCUCACUUUAAUCUGCCACAUCUUGAUCAUCACUCUUGCAGUCUUUUUCUUGUGGUCAAAUGCAACCACCUUUAUUAAUAAAAAAUCUCCUCAUAUCCCAGAAGUCCACAUCCCAGAGGAACCCAUCCUUCAGGUGGCUUCUGCCCUGACGAUCGAGGUUAAUCGUGCUCUUGCUCUACUGCGAGAAAUUGCGUCAGGGAGAGAGCUGAAGAAGUUUCUUGCUGUCGUUGCUGGUUUAUGGGUCCUCUCCAUUGUUGGUAGCUGGUGCAACUUUUUGACGCUGUUCUACAUAUCAUUUGUGCUCCUCCACACUGUUCCUGUUCUUUAUGAGAAAUAUGAAGAUAAAGUGGAUCCAUUAGCCGAGAAAGCAAUGCACGAGAUCAAGAAGCAAUAUGCUGUGUUUGAUGAAAAGGUUUUGAGUAAAAUUCCAAGAGGACCAUUCAAAGAUAAGAAGAGAGAAUAGAUGUGAUGGUGCUGCGUUCCUGCUAGGGAGAUUUGGGUUGCUGCUACCUUUUCAGAAUGUUAUAGUGCUUUUCUUGUAUUUUACAUGGCGCUGAUGCCAUCUUUUACUUAUAUUUGGGGUCUUCUCAGCUGGUGAUAGAUGUAGAAACAGUUGGAAGAGGAUUAGUCUAUUAGGUCUGUACGAGUGGUAUUUGGCUGCAGUUUCCAACGUGUCAGUCUAUGAGUUAAACUGAAUUUGCAUUUUGUUCUUCC